CUUCCAGAAGAUCCCAGCAGAGCAGCUGUCUGUCUGUAAACUUCUCUUCAUCUUUGAUGGUCUGGAUGAAAGCAGACUUUCUCUGGACUUCAACAACAGUCAGGUGGUGUCUGAUGUCACUCAGAAGUCAUCAAUCAAUGUUCUUCUGACAAACCUCAUCCAGGGACGUCUGCUGCCCUCAGCUCUGGUCUGGAUCACUUCCAGACCUGCAGCAGCCAAUCAGAUUCCUCCUUCAUGUGUGGACAGACUGACAGAAGUAAGAGGCUUCCAUUAUGCUCAGAAGGAGGAGUACUUCAGGAGGAGAUCCAGUGAUCAAGAUCUGUCCAGCAGAAUCAUCUCCCACAUCAAGGGCUCCAUGUCGCUCUACAUCAUGUGUGAAGUUCCAGUCUUCUGCUGGAUCACUGCUGUGGUUCUGGAGCACAUGUUGACCACAGAACUGAGAGGAGAGCUUCCUAAGACCCUGACUGACAUGUACUCCCACUUCCUGAUGGUUCAGACAAAGAGGAAGAAGAACAAAUACCAGCAGGAACAUGAGGAGAAUCCUCAGGAGCUGACAGAGGCUGACAUGGAAGUUCUUCUGAAGCUGGGGAGGCUGGCAUUUGAACAUCUGGAGAAAGGAAACAUCAUGUUCUACCAAGAAGACCUGGAGCAGUUUGGUCUGGAUGUCACAGAGGCUUCUUUGUACUCUGGAGUUUGUACUGAGAUCUUCAGAAGAGAGUGCGAGAUCUUCCAGAAACCAGUCUACAGCUUUGUCCAUCUGAGUGUUCAGGAGUUUCUGGCUGCAGUUUACAUGAUCCACUGUUACAACAACAAGAAGACAGAGGUGGUGGAGAACUUCUUGUUGGAUAAAACAGAAGACUUAUCUUUAAAAGAUUUUCUGGACAAGAUCAUGAGGAAAUCACUGGAGAGAGUUGUUCGUUUCCUUUAUGGCCUCACAAUGGAGUCCAACCAGAGAGUCUUAGGAAGCCUUUUGUGUCAGACAGAGACAAAUCCAGAAACCAUCCAGACAGUUAUUGACUACCUCAAAAGACUGCAAAUAUGCAUAUUAUCUCCUGAAAGAAGCAUCAAUGUCUUCCACUGUCUGUUGGAGAUGAGGGAUCUCUCAGUUUAUCGUGAGAUCCAAAAGUUCCUGAACUCAGAAAGAAAUUCAGACUCGGACCUUUCAGACAUCAACUGCUCUGCUCUGGUCUACAUACUGCAAAUAUCAGAGGAGGUGCUGGAUCAGUUGGGCCUGCACAAGUUAACAACAAACGCUUCAGGUUGUUUGAGACUAUUUCCAGCAGUGAGGAACUGCAAAAAGUUUCGGCUUCAGGCAAGACCAAUGGUGGCAAUAGUGGAAAAACAAUAUGGUAAAUGCUGGGGUUUUCCUUGGCCACCUGAGAUUCAUUGGAAUAUUGUGGCCUCGGCUCUGAAGUCCAAUCCCUCUCAUCUAAAAGAAAUGGAUCUGAAUGGGAGCGAUCUGCAUGAUAUAGCUGUGACGUUACUGUGUGAAGGAAUGGAGAGUCCAAACUGCAAACUGGAAAUACUGAGGUUGAAGGACUGUGGUUUGUCAAAGAACAGCUGGAAGGUUCUGACCUCUGCUCUAACAUCCAACCCGUCCCAUCUGACAGAACUGGACCUAAGUAAAAAUAAUCUGCAGCGAUCAGAUGUUCAGCAGCUCAUCAGUCUGUUACAUAGUCCAGACAGCAAAUUGCUGACUUUCAGGUGGCUCUGAUGGUCCAUCAGGUGAAGAAGCGGCCGUUUGUCUCCAGAUGUUCUGGACUUUGCUACUGAAGGAGGAGAGGAGAAUGAUGGAGGAGUCAGAGGAGGAGGAUAUGACUUUCAGAGCUUCAAUGAGAGCUCUGACAUCAGCUCCAUUCUUUUAAAUGUUCUUUUGAUUCAGCCCCACGCUGUGGAAAGAUGCUUUUGUUCAGCUUUAAACCUUUAGUUUGUUGGUUUAACCGAAAUAUUGUAGUGAUGAAAAUGAAAGACAACAAGUCAUCCACACAGAUGACUUGUUGUGUUGUGGUCUCUCAUUGGUCCAUCAAGAUAAAAACUUCAAAUUAUAAACCGUACUGGAAAACUGAAUUAAAUUUCUACAACUAUUAGAAACUGGUAAACUUUCAAAUUAACAGUCAAUAGAAAUGUAGAGAAAUACAAUGGCGAUGUUUCUCGACUUAAAUGCUGAGAAGGCAUGAUGGUUGCAGUGGAAUGGCCCUCGACAUAGAAGACUUGGUUUAAUUUAAGAAAUCAACAAAUGGAUUUCAAAAUCUAACAUUCCUAAACUCAAAAAGCACACAACUGUAUAAUUUAGAUUAAGAAAAAGCUCUGAAGGAAAUGAAAGAAGAUAUUGACAGCUAUUGACCUUUCACUUUUGUGAAGAAUAGAUAAGUUGAAAUUUCUUACAGAUAAUAUUGUUCUUGUUUCAACCUCUCCCCAUCUUAGUGUCUCAAUCCUUCACAAAGCCAUGAACUGUAAAUCCUCGAGUGGAACCAAGAGUUCCCUCAUUGUGUUAGAAAAAAAAUGUUAUAUUAACUGGUGACCCAUUUAAGAUUUUUUUUAAGCUUUAAAGAGAGUAUUUUUCUACAAUUGUGGUUAGGGUGGGAGUAAAUUGCAUAAUCUCUGCUUUCAGGUGAUGAUAUUAAGUACCAUGUUGUCUGCAGCCAGGUACUUUCCAAUCUACAUUGAAAACACUAUAAAAAAUUACAUUAAGAUUUAUUUUGUAAAAAAACAGAGACUGGUUCUAAUAUUAACCCACUCUGGAGGCUCUGACAGUCCGAACGGGAAAGUGAGCCCCCAAAUGAAGAUCCGCCGUCCUGGAGAGGAUCUCUCCUGUGGUCAGAAAUGUAAUCACAGGAAAGGUUCAACACUAACAUGCAUGUUUUACUGGUAUGUUGUGUUAACGUGCCCACGCCUUAACACCCAGUGCGCCUUUUGUAUGUGUCAAAUACCAAAAAAUUACCCAUAACU